AUGCAACAGAGACUAAUGGAUUUUGGGGAUUUGUUUUUUGGUUUUUUUACCCCUGUAGAAAUGGAUCUACUAACUGCAAUUAUUCUCCUGGCUGCUUUGUUUCACCAAUCUGAUGGACAGGAUUUUCCAUUUAAAAGUGUGAAAUCUUUCUCCUUUCCUCAUUUUAAGUCUCAAAAUGAAAAACAGAUCCUUGAGCUGCACAAUGAAAUACGGAGAUCUGUAAUUCCCACAGCCAGGAACAUGCUGAAGAUGGUGUGGAGUGAGAAAACUGCCAAAAAUGCUCAGAAAUGGGCAAAUCAAUGUGGGAUGAAAGUCAGUCCAAGAGACAAGAGAGUUAUUAAUGGUGUCACCUGUGGUGAGAAUGUGUUACUGUCAUCCUACCCAAGGACAUGGGCUGAUGCAAUUCAAGUGUGGUACAGCCAGUCCUCCAAUUUCAAGUAUGGAUAUGGACAAAUCUCAAAAAAUGUCAAUGUUGAGAGCUACACUCAGCUGAUCUGGUACAACAGUUACAAGGUGGGAUGUGGAGUUUCCUACUGUCCCACAGGCCCCUACAAGUACUUUUAUGUUUGCCAGUACUGCCCUGCAGGAAAUAACCCAAUGCAAAUAGCUAUGCCUUACAGAAGUGGACCAAAAUGUGCUGACUGUCCUGGCCACUGUGACAAAGGACUUUGCACCAACCCUUGCAAGUAUCAAGACCUCCUUGGAAACUGCAAAAAUCUGAAAAUGUUGUUUGGCUGUAGCCACUCACUGGUGAAGAAGAAGUGUCCUGCAAGCUGCAAAUGCACCACUCAAAUAAUCUAA